GCAAAUGAUCUAAUCAGGGAUACAUACCAAGAUAGUUGAGAGCUUGUACUGUGAGUGUGAAAAAGUGGGCGGUAAAAGCCCCGCCCCUAAUCUUUCUUCAUUAAUAAAAAUGUACAACACUCUGGGGUACCACUGCACUUGUGAGAGGGUUUGAUCAUGAAGACCAUUACGAUCGAUUUAAAGAGGACAUGAUUACCUAUUCAAUGAUACCAAGGUGUUUAGUAGUAAGAGGUCUGAGUGGGAUAAGUCAAUCUGUUAAGGAUAACACCAUCAUUUUGACCACAUGCGUGUGCAGACAUUUCUCAAUAUACGGUACAGUAGUAGCCCUUUUCACUUUUUACUGUAUCUCUUUCCACCACCAGAGGCCUCUGCACCCGUCUCCUUCUAGGCAGGAUCAUUCUUAAUUUAGAGCUUUUAUUUAUGUUCUAGCAUAUGGAGACAUCUUAUGUUUUGUAGUAUAUUCUAGUAUAUUUUCUGAUGUAAUUUCUCUAUGUUUUGGCAAAAUAUACUAUAUCCUACAUAUAUUCUAGCACAACACAUUUUUGUUACGACCAAUCUAAAUAUAUAUUACGCCGAUGAUAAUAUGAUGAUACAUGAUAAAAUAACUAUUGCUGUGAACUGUUCUGAAUUUACUCACACAGCUGUCAGAGAGCCCGGAACUGAAAAAGAGCGGAACUUUUCACCGCUACAUACAGGGCAGGUGGAAGAGGAAGAGUAAACGUCCUGCACACACGCGGUCUGUUUACAUGGUAUUCGAACAUGGAAAAGCUUCGCGUUUUAGAGUUAUACAGUGGGAUUGGCGGAAUGCAUUACGCAUUAAAAGGGAGCUGCAUUCCUGCUGAAGUUGUUGCUGCUGUUGAUGUGAACACGACUGCAAACGUAGUUUACAAGCACAACUUUCCCAGCACACAUUUGUGGCCCAAAACAAUUGAGGGCGUGACACUAAAUGAUUUUAACAAAUUAGCAUUUGACAUGAUUUUGAUGAGUCCACCAUGUCAGCCAUUUACCAGAAUCGGUUUACAAGGAGAUGUCUCAGACCCAAGAACAAAGAGUUUUCUUUAUAUCCUCAACAUCCUUCCCAGGCUUGACAAGCUUCCUAAGUUCAUUCUUCUGGAAAAUGUCAAAGGAUUUGAAACAUCAUCUGCCAGGAAUUCAUUGGUAGAAACCUUAGAAGAGUGUGGAUACAGAUACCAAGAGUUUCUGUUGUCUCCUACCUGUCUGGGGAUUCCAAAUUCAAGACUGCGUUAUUUCCUUAUUGCUAAAUUACAACCUGGACUAUUCUCUUUUGAAACAACUAACCAGAUUCUGGAAGUUUUCCCGAAUUCUGACUCUGUAGAUUCAAAUGCAAGUAAAGUUUCUGACUGUGCACAUAAGGAACUGCCAGCUUGCAUUAAUGGAAUGAAAACAAGUAAGCCAGAUGAUGGUGCUGAGCCCAGCAGUAGGACUCUGGAAAAUGAAGCUGUCAUUUUCAAGCUGGAAACUGCUGAAGAUUUGGAGAGGAAGCAGAAUCAGGACAGUGAUGUAUCUGUCCGGAUGCUUCAAGAUUUUCUAGAGGUGGAUCUGCAGAAUUUAAGCCAAUAUCUGCUCCCACCAAAGACCCUAUUGCGUUACGCAAUACUAAUGGACAUUGUUCAACCAACAUGCAGGAGAUCAGUGUGUUUCACUAAAGGGUAUGGACACUAUGUUGAAGGGACUGGCUCAGUCUUGCAGUCUUCUUUGGAUGUCCAGCUCGAGACAGCAUUCAAAUCCCUUCAUACUUUAUCAGAUGAAGACAAAUUGAAGCAGUUGUUGAUGUUAAAAUUACGGUACUUUACUCCUAGAGAAAUAGCCAAUCUUCAUGGACUUCCCCCAGAGUUUUGUUUCCCUGAGAAAACAACUUUGAAGCAACGUUAUCGACUUCUAGGAAACAGUCUAAAUGCCUGCGUUGUAGCUCGACUUAUUAAACUGAUGGUGGAAUAGCUGGAAAGAGACAUUUAAAUUGUAGAGUACAUUUUGCGUGCAUGUUCAGAACCAAGUCUUCAUCCGGAUGGGACUAAAUGUGGCAUGACUUCCUUUUAAUCAAGACAUUUACAAUUGAUCAGGAGCAGCUAUAAGCAACAGACUGAUUGUUCAUAUUUGUUUAACAGCUGAUUCCCAGUAUUCCAACAGAAGGAAUAGUCCUUGCAAUGAGGGUAAACUGGAUUUAAAUGUUUAAAUGCAGGGUUGGGUAACUGCUUACAUACUGAGGUGAAUUAUGUAAUUUACCCACAUAAAAAAAUAAAGGGACAAGAAAAGACUUUACUUAAGUUAUUUUUUUUGCACAUUUUUUUCCAUUGAUUUUAUCUUUUAUAAUAAAGAAUUUUAAAUGCAUCACUUGUCAUUAUGUUUUAUAUUGUAUCAAUGGCACAAUAUGGUACAGGGAACUAGUUGUGAUAUCUGCAAUCACAUUUCUGUACACUCCCAUUGUAAACAAGUAUCCUAGUUAACUCAUUUAUUAUGAAACCAAAAAGGAACAACUUUGCAACAACUGUCACUCAAACUGACUGUACUUCAUUAUAUACAUAAAUGUAGUUUUGUGUUAUGUAUAGUACUGUAAGAGAGUGCCAAGGUUUUACAUUGUUAAAAAGUGGUAACAGCAAUAAUAAAGAUUCCAUUGAGAGAGA